UCUGAACAUAUUUUUUUCCCCUUAUACAUCCACAAUACACAUUCCUCUUUUACAAUUGUAGAGCCCAAAGGAUUUGGCACAGACUUCUCCAUCAGUGUCCCAACCAACAUUUCUGUAGAGGCUGGCUUAUGUGCAGAAGUGCCAUGCAAAUUCACCUAUCCACCUAACACAGUAGCUGAACCCCACAAGAGAAUAUGGUUUAGGGGGAACAACACCUCCAACCCUGACUAUGUGCCUGAGAAUAUCAUCAUAGGUACACUCAUGCUGAAGCAAGGAGAGAGGAGAUGCAGUUUUCGAGUGAAUGAUGCACAGGAGGGAAAAAAUGAUGGCGAGUACAGAUUCAAGUUGGAAUGGGGAGAGAAAGAGACAUACAUUUUCACUGAGAGUGUAUUCAUCUUCGUUUCUGGGUUCAUUGUGUGUAACGUCACUUUAUUCCUCUACAAAACAGAUGCUCCAAGGAUAAAGAAUGACCCUCACUGCAUAAUGGACGGCCAUUUCUUAACCUGUACAUGUGUGAGCCAUGGCUGGCCUAUUCCCGUUACCCAGUGUCAAGUAGGGCUCAACUCCAAAGACUACAACAUCACAGAGUCAGUAUCGAUAGCUACAAGCACCGUGACCAGUACUAUCACCACAGCCAAUUUCAGCCUUGUCAAUAACACCAUGGAGUGCUUCAGUGUAAACCAAAUUGGCAAAGCAAGGAUAAAGUUUACUUUAGUGGAGAAAAGCUUUACAGGAGAGGAAGAAGGUAGGUUUUUAUAUUCAGAUUUUAGAAGAUGCACUCUACAUAAUAAAAAAGAGCUUCAGAGAAUGUUGGGCAUUGUACUGUGUUUGAUUAUUUUGUAUGCAUGUGCAGUAUUUUUUAUUUGCACUAUUUAAGUUAAGUCUGGAAAACUUAUCACAGGGACUUAGAAUUUGUGCAUUUUGCCUAGAUGUGCUGCAGUAUUUUCAAUUUCAUUACAGGAAAUGUUUUAGUCACAAGUCCACAUUACAGUAAUAUAAUAGCACUUAAAAUAAACAACCUCUUGUGUAUAUUUAGAUCCUGGGAACUGCAACCUGCCAUGGAUUGUAGUGAGCACACUGGCGACUUUGAAUGCAUUACUCCUUUCUGCUCUGAUGGUCAUGGCAGUGGUUUGGUAAGAGACCAGUGCUUUUCAUGAAGGGGUGAAAAUGUAGUGUAGAAACGAUGGGGAUGAUUAGGAUAUAAGACAUCUAUGGCUGAUCAGAUUAUUUAGCUUAUAGAUUAUUUUUGUUUCCCAUGCAGGAAGAGUCAGAAAUCUGCCAAGCAAAAUGAGACUUCACGAACAUACAUGGUGUUGACCAAGAGAAAUGAAGCAGUCUACGACACCAUUAAUCAACAGUCCUCUGAGGGUGCAUUCCCAACAGAAGUGAUGUAGAUGCUCAUAUGCGAGUGUUCAGAUUUCAAUCCCAGACACACAUUGGCCAAAGAGAAAAUGAAAAAACUGCGGUCUUGAAGAAAGUACUCAAUACUUCAGACAAAAACAGUAUAGGUUUUUCAACUAAAAUAAUACACUCUGUCCUUAAAAGACCUUGCUUCAUGCGUCUUCUAUGGGCGAGAGAAAGUUUCAGAGCUGAAUCUUUCCAUUCUCUGUUUUAAGUGAACAUAUAGAGAUCACAGAUCCGUCAAAUAUUAUUGGAUUGCCAUGUGUAAGUGAUCAAUGAAGCUAAGAAUAUGCUUUCUCAGAACCGAUGAUAAAACUCAAUAGGCCCUACUUGUGGCCUGUUCCUGCGGCUUGUUGUCACAUAACAUAGUCAUGUAGCUUCAGUGCUGCCGCAUGUACGAUAAUUAUCAUAUGUGUACCAUCAUUUUGUCCAUUUUGUCCUCUGUACGCUAAAAAAAAAAUGAUGUACAAUAAUUUCAGAGUUGUCAUUCAGUUCAUUUAGAUGCCUUGAAACAACAAU